AUGACUAAAAUAGCUACAUUUCCACUGCCUGGCAUAAAGCAUGGCGAGCGCAUUCUGGUGGCGACGAUUGAAGAACGAGCGAAGAACGAUCCAGACAGCUCCUGGGUGUCGAUGCCAAUAGACAAUAACGAUCUAUCUAAAGGAUACAAAGAGAUCACAUUCGCAGAGUUCGACAACGCAGUCAACCAUGCUGUUCACUGGUUGCGGCAAAAUCUCCCUGAGUCCGAUGAGCCAUUCCAAUCGUUCGCCUAUGCAGGCCCUAAGGACCUUCGCUAUCCCAUUCUUGCUGCUGCAGCUGGAAAGUUGCAGAAAGUGAUGGUGCUCCCAUCGCCGCUGAUUCCACCUGCAGCGCAGCGCUUGAUUCUGAAGAAGACACAAUGCAAGGUUUAUAUCAGACCGUCCAGUAUGGCGCAGGUAGUCAGUGCCAUUUUGGAGGAUACGCCCCAUAUCCAACAGAUUACAGCUCCUGAUCCUGACAGUCUCCUACAAGAGACUCGUGCUGAACCCUAUGUAUAUCCCAAGACCUGGGAAGAAGGAAAGAAGGACCCUUGGCUGGUGGCUCAUACGUCGGGCACGACAGGAUUUCCCAAACCCAUCACCUACACUCACCAGAUGAUGGCUGGGUUGGACGUGGCUGCGUCUCUGCCGGACAUUGAUGAGUUCUUGCUGCACCACGCUCCCGGAAGACGCUGGUACACGCCUCUACCAUCUUUGCAUCUGGUAGGAAUGGUGAUGGUUCUCUCCAUCCCCACAUAUGCUCACGGAACCCUCGUUGUGGGCCCACCUGCGCCUCCUUCCGCCGACACUGUCGUCGAUAUCUUCAGAUACGGACGUGUUGACAGCGCCCUGCUAACCCCAGCUCUCAUCGACGAAAUGUGCUUGAACGAUCGAGCCCUCUCCGCACUGAGAAACCUCACGUUGGUCAGCUAUGGCGGAGCCCCCCUCUCACGAAAGUCCGGCGACCUUCUCGCUCCUUACGUCCAGCUCGCUCCCGCCAUCGGAAGCACCGAAUCGGGCGGCUAUUUUACCAAGUUCCGCCGUGACGACAAGGACUGGGAUUACGUCGAAUUCCAGAAACAAGCCGGGGCGGUCUUCGAGCCCCGUUCGGGUGACCUUCACGAGCUUGUUUUUGUGCGUGUGCCCGAAUGUAAAAUGCAGCAGAUCUUCCUCCUUUAUCCGGACCUCGACCGAUUCGAGACUAAGGAUCUGUGGGUUGAGCAUCCCACGCGUAAAGGGUUGUGGAAGAUUGUCGGCCGCGUGGAUGACUAUAUUCCUCUCAGCCAUGCGGAUGGGCUUUAUGCUGCGUCGCUGGAGCCGCAGAUAGAACAGCAUCCGAAGGUGAAAGCGGCGUUGAUUGGGGGUCAUGGACGGCCACUCCCGGUGCUUCUGGUGGAGCUGCACGAUGAGACCGAAGUGGCAUCGGACGCUGGUCGUAAGGCGAUGAUCGAAAGUCUACAGCCCUAUAUUGACAAAGUCAACGAGAACUGCCAUGAGUGUGUGAAGCUGAGUCCUGAGCGUUUGAUCUUCGCCAGUGGAGACAGGCCCUUCAUUCGGACGGUCAAGGGUAGUGUGGCGCGGAUGCCGAGUCUGCAGCUUUACAAAGAGGAGAUUGCUGCAUUGUUUGAGAAUAACUAG